UAAAAACCAAGAAACAUCUUUGCUUUAAUUGUCAUUUUUCUCCAAUGGACACUUGCUGCUACUAAUAAUCUUCUUGACUUCCAAAUUUUAUAGAUAAAGAAGUUAACCAAAGCUGUAAUGAUUGUAAUAUCCUCUCUGCUCACGUCAAUACAAACAAUUAAAGAUAAAUCAAAAGUUUCCUUCUAAUCGUGGGUAGGGACCAGGAGAAAGUGGAGGGCUUUGAAAGUUGAAUGCAUUGAAAAGGAUAGAUACUGAUAUAUCUGAAGAUGGUAGAAGUUUGUAGAAAAGAGGAUCAGCUUCCAAUCACGUUCUAUCUAUUUAUCUAUUUAAUAAUUAGAGAAAGUACCAGAAGCUUCUACUCCUUACCUCUUUUGCAAAGGAAACAAGGAAACCAGAACCCUCUUCUCAUUUCUAUAUAUAGCUUGCUCAUUCAACUUCUCACCCAUCGAAGAAGAGAACAAAGCAAAGCCAUUUAGUACUGAAGAUUUCCAUCAGCUUCAAAGUUUCCAAACAUGUCACUCAUUCCCAGUAUACUCGGAGGCAUACGAACCGAUGUCUUUGAUCCAUUUUCACUGGACAUAUGGGAUCCUUUCGAUGGAUUCUUCAGCUCAAUGCUUGCCAACGUGCCCUUUUCAGGACGUGAAGCCUCAGCUUUUGCCAAUGCAAGGGUCGACUGGAAAGAGACCCCGGAAGUGCAUAUCUUUCAAGCUGACCUCCCGGGACUGAAGAAAGAAGAGGUGAAAGUUCAGGUUGAGGAAGGUAGGAUCCUCCAGAUAAGUGGGGAGAGGAGCAAAGAAAAAGAAGAGAAGAAUGACAAGUGGCACCGCGUCGAGAGGAGCAGUGGCAAGUUCCUGAGGAGGUUCAGGUUGCCUGAAAAUGCAAAGAUGGAUCAGGUUAAGGCUAGCAUGGAAAAUGGUGUACUUACUGUAACUGUUGCCAAGGAGGAGGAGAAGAAACCUGAAGUCAAGCCCAUUGAGAUUUCUGGCUAAAAAUUGUUUUUGAGCCAAAAAAAAGUACCAUGAAGGGAAAAACGUGUGGUUUUGUUCUGUUUUGUCUCUGUGUUGUCAUGGCCUGCUGGAUUUAAGAUCCUUGUAAUUAAAUCCAAUAAAGAUUAAGUGUUACUUGCUUUCCAUUUUAUCAUCCAACUGUCAGGUUUCCACCCAACUGGGUCAUCAUUUUACAUUUCUGGAAAGAAAAGACAGCCUAUCAAUGUUACCAAUAAUUACUACAGCUUACUCAAACUUAACUUGGGUUAUGUUCUGCAGUGUGCAUACAGAAUAUCUGUUAUUUAUCAUUAAGUUGUGGUAUUUCUCUCUCAAGAAAAGAAAAAAGGGAAGAGAUUGAGAGACAAACCACACUUACAAGUUGUGGCGAUAGCUCACCUAGAAUUAAAGGAAUGAUGUUUACUUUCAUUCCCAGUUUGAGUGAAGGUUAGUUACAGAAAGUUGUCAAUAUAUUUGUUUCAGGUAACUGUUCAAUGAAAAAAAAAAA